AUGGGCAAACGAUCCGCUUCCACAUCUCCCAGAGCUUUGAAACGUCACAGCCAUGCGCCCUCCGCUCCACAAGAUUCUUAUAUGGUUCAGGCCGCCGACACUUGGAUUGCCAUAGGUAACUGCGCAACCACCAUUGGAAUGAUUGCCGUUGCAAUGAAGCUGUUUGAGUCAGCUUUAACACACACACCCGAUUCUGUGGAUGCUCUCAUCGGGUGGAGUUUUCUGCUCCGAAUGAAUGAUAUCAGCGCCAAUGAAACCGUCGGGUCACAAACAUCGAUCCAGCGCCUCACUAGAGCCGCCGAGCAAUUUCCGGAACUCACCAAGAGCCUGAAGUACUACCGCGAGCUCACGGAAUCAUACUUGUUGGUUGGACUCAAUGAACAGGCACACCAGCUGAUCCAACUGGCCAUGCAACUCAAACCCAACGACCCUGCCCUCUGUCUCUUACUGGCACAGACACUUAUCCGCGCUGGCGCAAGAGCUCAGGCGGCCAUUGCUGCUGCUGACGGCAAUAUUGAUCUUCUGAUUGCAGAGUUGACCGCUACACUCCUGUUACCACCUCCACCAUUGGCCCGUGCUGAUGAGUACAUUGCACUCUGGUGUGCUUUUGCAACUGCGAAAGAGCGGGCCAACCGUAUUGAUGAGGCGUUGGAGGCCUGUGAACGGGCCGAGGUGGCAGUUGGUCCUUCUCCUCGCAUCCUCAUCACUCAUGCAUAUUUGCUUUUGUUGAACUUCAACAAGGAAAACACUGAGAAGGCUGUGGAUCUCUUAACAAAGGUGGUUGAAGCUGAGCCUCAAGAAUUGAGAGAGCCCAAGGAGUCUGAUGACGGGAACGAGAAUUCGCCAGGCGACUUCUUACCUUGGUACUUGCUUGGUAAAGCCUAUAAUCUUCUUGACCUGCCUCGUGCCGCAUACGACUCCUACCAGAUUGCUUUGAGAAGGGCCUCCAGCCUGCCAAUAACUUGGUUGGCAGUGGGAAAGCUUUACUUGGAGUUGAAACAACUUCCCGAUGCCUUAGCUGCAUAUUCACAGGCUCUUAGACUUCAAUUGAAUGAGAACCUGCCAGGAACUGCCGCUGCAUGGGAAGGUUUGAGUUGUGUCUACGAACGGUGUGACGAUCAGCUUGCGGACGCUGCUGAUGCCUGCUCCAGGGCCGCGAUGUGUUUCCGUGCAUUCCACGACAACGAGACCGCAGAUUACUACGACAAUAGAGCGAAGAAGUUGCAAGCAGCAGCACAGGGCAAUGGCCCUGUGCCGAGUCUCACACAGCCGCUGGGUGUACCCAACUAUUUCCUUCGUGAUUUAGUCACUUUGUUACCUUCGGAGCGGAUUGCCUUCGUCCAAGGGUCUAACAAAGCACCAAAUGGCGAUGCUAAACGCGAGGGCACAAAUCCUGCUGCUCAAGAUCAACCGGCUGGCCGGGACAAAUAUCCCCAGUAUGGACCUCCUUCAUAUUCAGAUGCCCCUUACCCUGGACGCAACCCUCAAGGAAGAAGUUAUGAAGGUCCCGUUGCUGGUGAUGGCAUGCAUCAAAUGGGAAGAACGAUUCCUCCACCAAUGCCCCCACAACCACAGCAGUUUAACAAUUCACCAGGCCCUCCACACCCGGCAUAUCCUCCUGACAGAACACCACAACAAAUGCACCAGCUUGCACAGCCUUUCAAGCCUGACAAUAAACUGCCAGGCCAGCCUACACAGCUCCCUCCUCCGGGCCCACGUCACUGGGGCUUGCAAGAGCCAAUGGCUCAUCAGGCUCCACCGCACAUUUAUCAAGGUCAGGUACCACUCCAGGGCCAGUACCCACCUCCUCCUAAUGGUAUGAUGACGCCACCAUCAAUUGCGCAAGGACCAGGCCAGGGUCCCCAUCGGUCACCAUUGGCGCAUCCUCAUGUAAUGGGCGAAGGCUACCCAGUAGCUAAUCAUCCAGGGUAUGUAUAUGGGCAGUAUAUGCCUAUGCAUGGAGGCAUGCUAGCUCAUGUUCAGCCGUAUGCCGGCACGACGAACUGGAGGCAGUAA